AGCCGGUCGGACGGGGCAACCCCCAUGGCGUUCCCCUCCCUCUCCCUGUCCCUCGCGGGCCUCCUCGCGCGCCGCGCGCUGCUGCUCUACGCGGCCGCGUGGACGGCGGUGGCCACCACGGCCGUGGCCGUGGCGGCGUUCGCGCCGGAGCUCGCCUUCGUCUGGGCCGUCGGGCCCUGGGCGCCGCUCUCCCGGGCGUGCCCGGCGGGCACCACCACAGGCGGCGACGACAGCGUCGCGUUCACCGUCGGUCUGCCGCUCGACGGGCCGCCGUGGGACGCCGUCUGCGUGCCCGCCGGCAUGCUCGGACGGGCAAAGCCCGACGUCAUCGUGCCCCUCGUGUUCGCCGUCGUCGUGGUAACCGGCGCCGUCUGGUUCACCACGGCCGUUGGGGUGUGGGAGGAUGAACACGACGACGAGCCAUCUUCGCCCGCGGCUUUUCUAGAACAAGUAUAGGCUGCUGUGUCUGUGAUUUCUCGAUCUGUUUACGUACAUGAAGCAGUAAUUUUUGUGGUGUAUAUGAGAUAUGAAUCUUGGAUCUUGGCUUCUAGUUUCAGUGGCAAGACAGCAGGGGUGUUCAGAAUGUAACAACGCAAGAGCUGUAUUCACAAUUCAGAUGCUAAACCAAAUAACAAAAAAAAAAAAAA